AAUGUUGUCAUCGUCUGGACACGCAAUUCGCCGCGGAAUCACCACAUCUGCUGCACUAUCAAACAAACAUGCUUUCAUCGUCGGAGCCGCCCGUACACCUAUUGGAUCAUUUCGUUCUUCUCUCUCUUCGGUAACUGCUCCAGAGCUCGCCUCGGUUGCCAUCAAAGCAGCAUUGGAGCGUGGAGCAGUGAAGCCGAGUUCAAUUCAGGAGGUGUUCCUUGGUCAAGUCUGUCAAGCAAAUGCUGGUCAAGCUCCCGCUCGUCAAGCAGCUCUUGGAGCCGGACUCGAUCUUUCGGUUGCUGUUACCACCGUCAAUAAAGUGUGCUCUUCUGGGCUGAAAGCAAUCAUUCUUGCUGCCCAGCAAAUUCAAACCGGUCAUCAAGAUUUUGCCAUUGGCGGAGGAAUGGAGAGCAUGUCACAAGUACCAUUUUAUGUUCAAAGAGGAGAGAUCCCAUAUGGUGGAUUUCAAGUGAUUGAUGGAAUCGUCAAAGACGGACUGACCGAUGCUUAUGAUAAAGUUCACAUGGGAAACUGCGGAGAGAAGACUUCAAAAGAAAUGGGAAUUACACGUAAAGACCAAGACGAAUAUGCUAUCAACAGCUACAAAAAGUCAGCUAAAGCAUGGGAGAAUGGAAAUAUCGGACCAGAAGUGGUGCCAGUGAACGUCAAAUCAAAGAAGGGAGUCACGAUUGUUGAUAAAGAUGAAGAGUUCACAAAAGUCAAUUUCGACAAGUUCACCUCGCUGAGAACUGUUUUCCAGAAAGACGGAACUAUCACUGCUGCUAAUGCUUCAACAUUGAACGACGGUGCAGCUGCUGUCAUUGUUGCCUCACAGGAAGCAGUUUCCGAGCAAAGCUUAAAGCCUCUGGCCCGAAUUUUGGCUUAUGGAGAUGCCGCCACGCACCCACUCGAUUUCGCUGUAGCACCAACUUUGAUGUUCCCAAAAAUUCUUGAAAGAGCAGGAGUGAAGCAAUCAGAUGUUGCUCAAUGGGAAGUUAAUGAAGCCUUCUCAUGUGUUCCCCUUGCUUUCAUCAAAAAACUAGGAGUCGAUCCAUCCCUUGUGAACCCACAUGGAGGAGCUGUUUCAAUUGGUCACCCCAUCGGAAUGUCCGGAGCCCGCCUCAUCACUCAUCUUGUGCACACACUCAAAAGUGGCCAAAUCGGAGUUGCUGCCAUUUGCAAUGGAGGUGGUGGCUCAAGUGGAAUGGUUAUCCAGAAAUUAUAGAUUUAUAAUUUAACUUUUUUCGUUUAAAGUUUGUUACCUUUUUUCACGAUUAGCUUGUAUUUAUGUAUUUUUCGCUCAUAUCGAAACUCCGGUAAAUAGAUU